UGUGCGCGCCACUGAGUUCCAGGCAUGGAGGGAGGCGGGCUGGGCCUCACCGUUUGCGUGCUGACUGGGGCCUCCCGGGGCUUCGGCCGCGCCCUGGCCCCGCUGCUGGCCCGGCUGCUGUCGCCCGGGUCGGUGCUGCUCCUGAGCGCACGCAGUGACUCGGCGCUGCGGCAGCUGGAGGAGGAGCUGGGCACACAGCAUCCAGGCCUGCGAGUGGUGCGCGCAGCAGCCGACCUCUGCACCGAGGCCGGCGUGCAGCAGCUGUUGUGCGCUGUGCGCGAGCUCCCCAGGCCCGAGGGGCUGCAGCGCCUGCUGCUCAUCAACAAUGCAGGCACUCUUGGAGAUGUUUCCAAAGGCUUCGUGGACGUGACCGACCCAGCUGAGGUGAACACUUAUUGGACUCUGAACCUGACCUCCAUGCUCUGCUUGACCUCGGGCACCCUGAAUGCCUUCCCGGAUAGCCCUGGCCUCAGCAAGACCGUGGUUAACAUCUCGUCUCUGUGUGCCCUGCAGCCCUAUAAGGGCUGGGCACUGUACUGCGCCGGGAAGGCUGCCCGAGACAUGUUGUACCAGGUCCUAGCUGCUGAGGAACCUGGCGUGAGGGUGCUAAGCUAUGCUCCAGGUCCCCUGGACACAGACAUGCAGCAGUUGGCUCGAGAAACCUCCAAGGACCCAGAGUUAAGGAACGGACUGCAGAAGCUGAAGUCGAAUGGGGAGCUGGUGGAUUGUGGGAUAUCAGCCCAAAAACUGCUGAGCUUGCUGCAAAAGGACACCUUCCAGUCUGGAGCCCACAUAGAUUUCUAUGACAGUUAAGUCCGUGUCCUACCACAGUGCCCUCCCCAGCCCUGCCUAACACAAACAUAAGCCCUCAGACCCAGCCAGCAGGGCAUGACUGGCAUUACCAGCCAUCAGAAGGCUUCUGCGGGGGCUUGAGAGAGAGUUGUUGGGAACUGGUAUCCCCAGAAAGAGAACUGCAGAACUGGGAAGAGGAGGGGAACCUAAACACUGCAGAGAGGAGGCUCAGUGUCUUGUCUGUGGGGUGAAGAGGGUGUGCCCUGAUGCAGAAAGAGGAUCGAGGGCACCACGGUGAUGGUCCUUGAACUUCUUUGUUCUGCUGCCGUCUUCCUGUGACACCAAUGUUUCUCCCCCGACUCUGCUCCAAAUUCAUAGCUGUAAGGCAGGUGCAGUAGAGUCCAUGUUGCCCUUCGUGCAUGCCUGCUGCCCUCUUCUGCAGGGUGCAGGAGUGAUACCUCAGUUCACUAGCUAGGGUGUCCUGAGCACGUCACUGCUCGCUCUUCCAGAGCACUGCCAGACAGCUGUCUGCCUCCUGUCAUUGAAGCCCACAGGUGGUUAAUAUAGGUCCAAAGUCAUUAAGAUAGAAAUACCAGGACGCCUGCGCCUUUGUCAUGCGUCUGUCCACACUGACCCACCUUUACUGCCAUUUUCCUGAGGGUCCCAGAGCUAGGCAGUGAGUAUCCAUCCUUAGCGCCCAACGCACAGCAGACAGCUCUCACAGUGAGGGCUUGGAUUUCUAGUUCAACCCCUUGCCAACUGGAAAGUGCUGUAAAGAGGCCCAGGCUCCUGUAGUGGCCUCUAGCCCACCUUUCUGCUUUUGUUAAAAGAAUCCUCUGGUCCUCCUUGUGCCCAGCAGAGGGCGCACUGGCGCUGUGCAGCGUGAAAAGGUGGGGCUUGCCCCUUCUGCAGAGCAUGCCACAACUGUUGAGGAUUCCCCAAGGUGGAAGGGGGUAACUUCUGUCACCUUUCCCUGUGGACUCUUUACCCUCUCUGAUGGAAAUGGCUGCUUCAGACUUCUGCUCUUCUGACCAGCUGGUACCCACAGCAAGUUGCUCUUGUGCCUCUGAAAUGACCAUGUAUUACAAUGCACUUAAAUAAAGUUUUGCAC